GUGGGCGGGCCCUGGAGCUCGGCGGAAGCCGCCCGGUGCCGCCUCUGCCUAGGCUGCCGCUGCCUGCUGCUGUGGUCGGCCGCUUCCCGCAGUCUUCAUUCCUGUUCUGAGACUGUUUAUCAGAUGGAACCAUGGAUCCUGCAGCAUUAGUAGAAGCCCUUGUGGAAGAAGUGAACUGUCCCGUCUGCAUGACCUUUCUCAGGGAGCCUGUGAGCAUCAGCUGUGGCCACACUUUCUGCCACAGCUGUCUGUCUGGACUCUGGAAGGUCUCGGGAGAAUCCCAGGAUUGGGGUUACACCUGUCCCCUCUGUCGAGCUCCUGUGCAGCCAAGGAAAUUACGUCCCAAUUGGCAGCUGGCCAGCGUUGUAGAUAAGGUCCGUCUGCUAGGGUUCUGUGCAGAAAUGGGACUGAAGACUGAUGUGUGUACUCUCCACAAGGAACCGCUGACAAUGUUCUGCAAAGAGGAUGACGUGGUAACCUGCAAGGCCUGUAGCCAGUCCUCAGAGCAUGGAGCCCACAGUGUUGUGCUCAUAAAGGAUGUUGCCUGGGAAUAUAAGUGGAAACUCCAGGAGGCUCUGGAACUUCUCAGGAAAGGACAGGAAGAAGCCUGGAAGCUGGAUGUCAGUGAGAAGGAACAAGCUGCCAGCUGGAAGACACAGAUGGAAAUACGAAAGCAGAGCAUCUCAUGGGAGUUUGAAAAAUACCGGCAGUUAUUAAAGGAAAAAGAGCUGCCAUGGGAGCGGGUGGAAGAGGAGGCAGCUGCAGCUCAGGCUAGUCUAGAGCAGGAGAGGAGAGAGACAGCGAACCAACUGGAGUUGAGGCACGGGAAGAUCAUCCAGCAGAGCCAGGACCUAUGGAGGAUGAUGGUGGAGCUGGAAGAGAGAUCCCAGAGACCUGUGCGCUGGAUGCUGCAAGGCAUUCAGGAAGCCUUAAACAGGAGCAAAUCUUGGAGCUUGCAGCAGCCAGAGCCAAUCCCCUUGGAACUAAAGACAGAUUGUCGUAUACCAGGACUAAGAGAGAUCCUGAAGACAUAUGCAGAUCCAGCCACAGCUUACUCCCGCCUUGUCGUAUCCAAGGACAGAAAAAGUGUGCACUAUGGAGACACCCAACAGAACCUGCCUGACAAUCCUGAGAGGUUUUACCGCUAUAACAUUGUCUUGGGCAGCCAGUGUAUCUCCUCAGGCCGGCACUAUUGGGAGGUAGAGGUUGGAGACAGGUCUGAAUGGGGCCUGGGAGUAUGUAUGGAAAAUGUAGACCGGAAGGAGGUGGUCUAUUUAUCCCCCCACUAUGGCUUCUGGGUGAUAAGGCUGAGGAAGGGAACAGAGUACCGGGCAGGCACUGAUGAAUACCCCCUCUUGCCCUUGUCAGUCCCUCCACACCGAGUAGGAAUCUUCCUAGAUUAUGAGGCCCAUGAUAUCUCCUUCUACAAUGUGACUGAUGAUGGCUCCCACAUUUUUACUUUCCCCCAUUAUCCCUUCCCUGGCCGACUCUUGCCCUACUUUAGUCCAUGCUACAGUAUUGCUGCCAACAACACCACUCCCCUCACCAUUUGUUCCCUGGUUGGGGAAGAGAGGAGAGAUACCAUUCUAAGCUAAUGUUGGAAUUUGGCCUGGUACACAGGACUGCUGGAGGGUGCUUCCAUUAAUAAGCAUACCCCUGAACCCAGCUUAGAACCUAGAGACUCCUCUACCUGACCUCAUGGUAUCUUGCCAUUAGACCAAACUGUCAGUACCUCUCACAGAAAAGCAAUCCAGUCAGAUAAGUGUUGUGAUCCAUGAUAGAAACAUAACAGAGACGAUGGGCUUUGUCCACGCUGGAGGUUACAGCUCCUCACUGGUUCCAUAAAUAAGUGUGUGCCAGUGAUGAUAUGACUGCAUGCUCCAGAAAAUCUUUGAAAUAAUGUUUCCAGCGAGACAAAAUAAUAAUGCACCGGUCCAGAGCUGAUUGCCAUGGAGAAAGGGUGCUUCACCUGAGAUUUGCUGUUACCAAACAAACCCUAAGCCCCAGACUUGAGAAACACACAGUCUGUGUGUCUGUGCUCUCCGAGUGCAGAGCGCAGAUCUCACCCAGGAUAGCUAGUGCAUCACCUCCCUGAGCUUAGGGGCAAGUCUGUGUCCUGGGACUGUCUUUUCUCUAAGGGGCAGGUCAGAAAAGUUGGGGGCCUUAGUUUUUAUUUUCACUUUAUGGAUGAGGAAACUGAAACAGCCUUAAGUUGUUCCUACAGGGAUUGGGGAGGUAAGAUUUUAAAGGUUAUAAAUGGUUUUCACAUUUACAUGAAACAAAGUAGACAAGUCACAGAUCACAAAGCCCAGUGACUCGUUACAUUCAGGUCUGAAACGUGCUUGAGAGGAUUUGGGUGACCACUUUGGAAAAGUGGCUCUAAUCUGGCUUAAAAUAACAUGUCCUUCUACCUCACCAGUUCUUGUAAAGUCACAGGACCCAUCCCAUACUUUUGUUCUCUGUAGAGAAGGGAGGGCAUUGGAUUCUGCAUGUGGCAACCAUCCUCCUUUGCCACAUGCAGUCAGAACCUUCGUGGCAGCACAUUUCUUCCUUAUGGUCCCUCCCAACAGUUUACAGCCCUUUAAACAAAAACAUAGCCAUGCCACACUGUGUCACAAGGGUACACUGACAUGUGGCCACAGAGCUGUGUUGUAGAUCUGAUUACAUGUGUUUGUCUCUGGGUUAGAGUGAGGUCUAUAACCUCAAAAUAGAAAGCAAAAUAAUAGCAAGGAAGAAGACAUAAAGUCAUCGGAAAGGAAGGAAAGCCCAUCCAGCAGCUAGUUGGUGUUAAAUUACAACCUUCUGAUGCCACCAGGGAGAUCUACAUGGUUCUUGUAAUCAUGCAUAACAUUCUCUUUAAGGUAUAGGAGAGAAAAAUGUGUGGAGAGAAUCAUACUAAACAAAAGCCAACUUAGGAGUCAGAUGAAAGGAAUAAUGAAAGGGAAGUAAAAUUGUAUAGUGAACUGUUGUUAUGUCAGGGAAAGUUGUACAAAAAUAGCCCACAAGUGACAAGGUUGGUAAGUGACAAAAAUUGGCUCUGUCUAUGGGAAGGGACCAAUUGUGUGUUGCUCCCAUGUUCCCAAGUUUGUAUUCUAUUGCACAUACAGGUUAAAUGAAAUUAUUAAACAUAUCGAACUAU